AUGGAACGAGCUCAACAUAUUCGAAAUGAAUGUUUGAAAAAGCAUGUUCCUGGUCUUCUUCAUCGUCUUUGGCCAACCCUACUUUAUGUUUCGACAGCGAUAGGAAGCACUUUUCAUAUGUACAAAGCCGAUAUACAAUUCUAUUGUGGAGAACGGCUACCAUUAAUUAAUUCACCCGCCUAUGGUGCAAGUGAAGGAUUUUUUGGUGUCAUCGCAAGUAUUCAUACUGACGAGUACUUUCUAUUACCAACACAUGCAUUUUUCGAAUUCAUUAAAGAAGAAGAUAUUCAACAAACUCAACCCAAAACUCUGCUCAUCUCAGAGAUCGAACCCGGACAUCGAUAUGAAUUAGUUUGUACAACCGACGUCGGAUUGGUUCGAUAUAGAAUGGGAGAUGUCAUCAUUUGCACGAGAUUUCUUUGUCGAGCCGAUGACUUAGUCGCUUUACCAGAAGAACCAGUCGAGAUUCCAAGAGUUCCACUCAUUUCACUCGCAUAUCGUGUUGGAACUCUUUUGGAUAUAUUUGGCGAGAAAACAAAUGAACAACAUGUAAUGAAUGCUAUUCAACAAACUAUUCGUCAAUGGAGAGAACAAGGAAUACCGGUCGACUUUUGUGAAUUUGCGUCGUAUCCAAGAUUAGAUGUAUUUCCAGCUAAAUAUGUCAUCUUUCUGGAAUUGAUUGCCGAUCAAGGACACAAGAUUGAUACACAGCAAUUUCAAGUUCUCAAGAAUACGAUCGAUGCAGAAGUCGAAGAACAACUUUGUAAACUAACUAUCUCUCAGUUAAAUUAUAUUAGUUUAUACGAUUUAUCAUCGGGUAGUUUAUUAUUAGUUUAUGUUAAUUCCUUUUAUUUCAUUCUCUAUCUAUUAUAG